CGUUGACAUCCUCCUGUACAUUAGACCGGGCGCGCGACAGCCUUUCACUUAGAGCUGCGCGUGAAGGGACAACAGCAGCCAAUCUGAUCGAACACACGCACGCUCAUAAUUCCCGAAGCUGCUCUCGCGCACUCUUUCCCUCAGAGCGCCGUUCUGCUGACUCAGUGCCUUAUCAAAGCGAAUCGGUUCCUCGCCACCGAACAGAGCUGAGACGCACCAGUCACCGCAACAACUCCAGCCAUGGCCAAAACUGCUAUCGCAUACAAAGAGAAGAUGAAGGAGCUCUCCCUUGUCUCCCUCAUCUGCUCCUGUCUCUACCCAGAGGCACGCAAAAACCUCAUGGGCGAGUUUGAAGACAUGGAGGUUAAGCCCAUUAACAAGCGGGCUUCUGGCCAGGCCUUUGAGGUCAUCCUGAAGCCACCUUCUCCCACGGCUGAUGGGGGCUACAGCAUCACUUCACCUCCUAAAAAGAGGGACAUGUCUCUGGAGGACAUCCAGAAGAAGCUGGAGGCUGCAGAGGACAGGAGGAGAUCCCAGGAGGCUCAAAUCCUGAGGGCCCUGGCUGAGAAACGUGAACAUGAGCGGGACGUCCUGCUGAAAGCCAUGGAGGAGAACAGCAACUUCAGCAGGAUGGCAGAGGAGAAACUCAUCAUGAAGAUGGAGCAGAUCAAGGAGAACCGUGAAGCCCACCUUGCAGCCAUGCUGGAACGGCUGCAUGAGAAGGAGAGGCACGCUCAGGUGGUGCGCAGAAACAAAGAGCUGAGGGAAGAGCUGACAGCAUGAGCACAUCUCUCUACACCCACCGUCCCAUCACCCCACCCCCUCUCCCCAUACCUGCGACCUCCCGUCCCCAGAGAGACCCCCUCUCACCCUGCCACCGCAGCCCUGAGUAGAAAAGAGCCUCUGGCGCACCACCCCCCUGCCCCGCCCCGCCCAGGCCAAAAGAAUCGACCCUGCCCCCCUCACCAACAGCAUCCUGCCCGAUAUAGUCCAUAAGAGAAAAGGAACACCAUUAAUCAAGAAAAAAAAUGUUUUUGAUCAAUUUGAAACCAGUCAAAGUGGGUGUGGUUUUUUUUGUAAAUACUUCCUAUUUGUUUUAUAUGAGAUGAUGAAAAGUAUUGCGGUGUGCCAUUUUAUAAGUUUCUCUCUCUGUAUCUUUAUCUUUUAGUGGAUGUACUUGUUUCCUCCCUCUCUCUCUCUCAGAUCUGCUACAGUUUCUCUUGUACCAGGCUUUGGUGUUUGUGAGUUUGCUGGCUAGCUGACAUUUGCAAUGUCUUCUCUAAACGCAAUGAUCAUGUUAGUGUCUCUAUGUCCAUGUGAAGAGAGUAAAAGCCGCCACACUACAGUACACACAGCUCUAACCGGUCACUAACAUAGCAUUUACAACAAUCUCUAGCUCUUUCUUCAUACAUUCAUCUGGUAUAUAGUCACAACACACAGACACACACACACACACACACAUACUUAUAUGCCCCUGGUCAGCAUGAUUUAGUAAAAAAUGUCAUGUUGCCCAAGAGGAACUGCUGUUUGUGCCACGCCGAAGUCAUGUGACGUCUCUUGACCUGUGUUUGACCAUAGUCUGGGUUGCAUUUAUGCUCACAGCAUAACAUCAAGUUAACCUUGAGUUCUUGAGAAUCACGUGUACUGAAGUUCUCCAAUUCUAAUUGUUGAUUUUCAGGUUUUUGGAGGUCAAUAUCUGGUAAUAAAAUGGACAUUGCAAGAUGGUGUGUGUGUAAGUGUGUGUGUGUGUGUCAAGAGCAGUGUGGGUAGACGGUGUUAUAAUGUGCCAUAGCUAUUGUGUAAGUAGCUUUAAUGUCACAAACCUGCCCACUUUCAUCUUUCUCUUCCAGCUGUGUGUUUUAUUCCCUUCACACAUGUAACUUUGGAAGCAAGCUGUGGUGAAUAAAGGCUUGGGUUUCUUGGAAUGAUAA